AUGUGAUGCUUUCGGGAUCUUUGUUGAGGAAUUCAUACAGGAACCUUUAAGGAGCAUUCAAAAGUUCUUCAAGAGGCAGAAGCGAUGAUUGAGCACAGUGGAAAUAACUACCUUGUGGACAGACCAAUAUUUUCAGAAAAUGCCUUUGCUGCAAAUCACCCAAAACUCUCCAGAAAUCACAAAACAUUUUUGGAUCACCUUAAGGAAUGCUUUAGAUGCUCCCCUCAAAAAGCCAAGCAAAUCCUUUUCACCUUCUUCCCUAUUUUAUCAUGGCUACCAGCUUAUAACUUCAAACAAUGGCUUGUAGGUGACAUCAUUUCUGGUAUAAGCACAGGAACAGUGGCAGUUUUGCAAGGAUUAGCCUUUGCUCUUCUGGUGAACAUUUCGCCUUCAUAUGGACUUUACUCUGCUUUUUUCCCGAUCCUAACUUACUUCAUAUUGGGAACUUCUCGGCAUAUAUCAGUUGGCCCCUUUCCUGUUCUGAGUCUGAUGGUAGGUACAGCUGUAUUGAAAAUUGUGCCUGAAGGUUCUAAUGGCACUACACUCUUUGCUAAUAACAUGACAAUUGAAGAACAGAGAGUUUUUGUUGCCGGUACAAUCACAGCGCUUGCAGGUAUUUUUCAGUUGGCUCUAGGUUUACUACAAGUUGGCUUCAUUGUGAUAUAUUUAUCAGAUCCACUAAUAAGUGGCUUUACCACUGGUGCUGCUGUCCUAGUGGGAGUGUCUCAGAUCAAAUUCAUACUUGGACUUAAAAUCAGUAACUUCAGUGGUCCACUGUCAAUGUUUUAUACUCUGGAAGACAUCUUCAAAAAAAUUACUUUGACAAACAUAUGUGAUUUGGUGACAUCAAUUAUUAUAAUGGUCGUGGUUUUCGUUGUCAAAGAAGUAAAUGAUCGCUUUAAGGCCAAGAUACCAAUUCCAAUCCCCAUUGAACUUAUAAUGACUGUAAUAGCAACAGGGAUUUCAUAUGGCUGUGACUUUGCUGGAAGAUAUGGUAUACAGAUUAUUGGAGAAUUAAAGCAGGGGUAUGAACCUCCAAUAACACCAAGUGUCGAAGUAUUUCAAGAAUUGGUAACAGAUGGGUUUGCAAUAGGAAUUGUAGCAUUUGCUGUAGGGUAUUCUGUCGCCAAAGUUUAUGCACUGAAGCAUGACUACCUCAUUAAUGGCAGUCAGGAACUGGUGGCAUUUGGAAUUAGUAACAUAUUUUGCGGGUGUUUCCGAGGCUUUGCUGUUAGUACAUCCUUAUCACGUUCAGCUGUACAGGAGAGCACAGGAGGCAAAUCCCAGAUUGCUGGAGUCCUGUCAGCUCUGAUUGCUAUGAUUGUAACUUUAGCUGUUGGAUUCCUCUUGAAAACCUUACCAAAGUCGGUGCUUGGAGCUCUGGUGCUAAUUAAUUUAAAGGGAAUGCUGAUGCAGUUUUCCGAAAUUCGAAAUUUGUGGCGGAAGGAUAAAUAUGAUUGUUCAGUAUGGAUUGUGACCUUCAUAGCUGUAGUUAUUCUUGGGCUUGAUUAUGGGCUGGCAGCUGGAGUAGGAUAUGAGUUGUUAACUGUAGUGUUUCGCACACAAUUCCCCAAAUUCACAGUCAUAGCCAAUAUCGGAAGAAGCGACAUUUACAAAAACAAAAAAGACUAUACAGAAAUCUAUGAACCAGAAGGAACACUAAUCUUCAAAUGUCCUUCUCCUAUCUUUUUUGCUAAUGCUGGUUUCUUUAAAGAGAAGGUUUCUGCUGCUGUUGGAUUUAAUCCACUGAGAAUUUUACGGAAGAGAAAUAAGGCCCUGCGAAAAAUCAGUGCGUUACUAAAGGAAGGAGUUCUGCAUGUCACACCAAAAGGUUUGGUCUGUACCUCAUAUGAAUACAAUGCCUCCGAUGAUGAAUUAGAUAACAACAGAGUUGAAGAGCUAUACAAUCCCAUUCAUCCUAAUGACCUUCCCUUUCACAUAGACUGGAAUGCAGAUCUUCCAUAUAAUAUUGUGGUCCCAAAGGUUGACAUUCACAGUUUAAUUCUUGAUUUUGGAGCAGUGUCAUUUAUUGAUGUGUCUGGGAUGAAAAGCUUGAAAUCAACAAUUAAAGAAUAUAUCAGGAUUGAUGUUGAUGUAUACAUAGCCAAUAUAGACAGUGACCUCCUGUAUAAACUAGAAAACUGUGAAUUUUUUGAUGAUGAAAUUCAGACAUCAAUUUUCUUUCUCACUGUCCAUGAUGCUGUGUUGCACAGUAUAGCGAAAAAGGGCAUGAAAUAUCCUUAUGAUAUACAGCCUGCCAAGGAGGUAAAUUAUUACACAUACAUAAAUGGAUAUACAGAUGAAAAUCUGCGUAACAGAGCCAUCACUAUGCCAAAUGAAACCAAGUUCUAACUUACAAAUGGAAAUAUACAGGCUGUUCUCAUUGACAAACUACAUUAAAACUGAAUAAAUGGAAUAACAAAGGAUUUCUAAAUACUAGAAAAUACUAGAAGUUAGGGCUCAAGAAGUAAGUGUAUAAAAAGAGAAUUUCCAAUCAAAAUGAACUCCAAUAGGAAACUGACCAAUAGUGAUAUACUACUGUCAGCAAAACUUAAUUUUACUCUGUAUAUUGUUGCUACACUGGAAUGUAAAUUUUAAAAAGUUAUUUAAAUACUAAAAAAUUGUAUACAAAUCUAAGAAAAAUAUUAGUGUUUAUUUGUAUUGUUGCUACAUAAAGAGCCAGCGGCAGUGUGCAAGUGAUCAUUCAGCCCAAGGAUGUGCAACCUGCAAGCUUUGGCUGCAGUCCAACCUACAAAAGUACACGGUCUACACCAGAAAAUCUAGCAGACAAGAAAUAAUGUGAUUUUAUAUAGAAAAAAACUGUACUGUGGGGGCAUAUUUAUUAAAAUAUGAGUUUAGAGCUUAAUAUAGAAACCUUUACCCAUGUUCCAUUCAUUCCUUUUCAGAAUGUAUUUAUCAAAUGGUGAAUAGUGUUGAGCGAAUUUUUUCACCAGACAUGGAUUCCCAGCAAAUUUCCACAUUUUGGCAUUGGUGAAUUGUUUCAUGAAACUUCAGCAAAAAUUUGUCAUGCAAAAAUUCACCUCACAUCAAAUAAAGUCACGGACAAGGGAAAAAAAAGUUGUAGAUGUGUAAAAAUGGGCAUGGCCGGUAGAAAAUUAAACGUUUCAUGGAUUUCCCCGUGUCGAAGCUAAAUGAGACAGAUUCACUUAUCAUCAAUAGUUAACUCUUACUUGAACCUAUUGAUAAAUAAGAUUUUAAAAAUCCUUUAGGAAUGAAUAGAAAUAGGGUUUUAAUAUAUUAAGUUCUAAACUCACAUUUUGAUAAAUCUGCCCGUGUAUUUUUUAUCGGGUCAAUUGUAAAUGGAAUGGCCACACUGACAACUUUCUCUGUUAUGUUUAUCUUCUGCUAUUUAUGUAUAUACAUCUGCUGUUACUGAUUAUUUGUCCUUAAAUAUGUAUAUGCUUGUGUAACAGUUGUUACAUUCUAUUUUGUGCUUUUUGGGGGGCAAAUGCAAUUUCAGAUCUAACAGUGACAGGACACAUUUUAUUAAAUGAGUAUAGGUGUACAGAUGUUAUUUAAGUAAAAAAUCAUAGUAUAUUCUU